AUGACAUUUCUUUUUAUCACCCACAAGAGAAGAAAAGAAAGGAAAGAAUCCAAUUUUCUUUUGAUAGGGGGUCAUCAUUUUAAGAUCUCAUAUGCCCAACUCCUUAAAGCUACCGAUGGAUUUUCUCUUGCAAAUUUGAUUGGAGAGGAGAGUUUUGGUUCUGUGUACAAAGGAGUUCUCAAUCAUGGGGAAACUAUUGUUGCAGUAAAGGUCCUCAACAUUAGACAAAGAGGUGCUUCCAAGAGUUUCACGGUUGAAUGUGAAUCCCUUAGAAACAUCCGGCAUCGUAAUCUUAUUAGAAUCUUAACAUCUUGCUCAAGUAUAGAUUUUGAAGGUAAUGAUUUUAUGGCUUUAGUAUAUGAGUUCAUGCCCGGUGGGAGUUUGGAGAGUUGGUUACAUCCACAUGUAGAUGGCAUACAAGAUGAACAAAGGCAUUUAAACCUUGUUCAAAGAUUGAAUAUUGCCAUUGAUAUGGCAACAGCAUUAGAUUACCUUCACCACCAUUGUCAUACACAAAUUAUUCACUGUGAUCUAAAGCCAAGCAAUAUUCUUCUUGAUGGUGAUUUGACUGCACAUUUAGGUGAUUUUGGGAUAUCAAGAAUUCUUUCAAAAGUCACAAAUAGAUCUCAAAAUUACACAAGCUCAAUCGGAGUAAAGGGAUCUAUUGGAUACAUUGCACCAGAGUAUGGUGCUGGUGCUGAUGUUUCGACACAUGGUGAUGUCUACAGUUAUGGGAUUCUCUUGUUAGAGAUGUUCACAGGGAAGCAUCCUACCCAUGAAAUGUUUAAAGAUAACGUUAAUCUCCACUACUGGGCUAAGAUGGCUUUGCAUGAUGAUAGAGUGAUGAUUGUCGUUGACCCAUCACUUCUCCUUAUGGAAGAAGAUGAAGAAGGGGCAGCAACAACUGUAACCAACAUCAUUGAAAGUCGAAGAUGCGUGGUUCAAGAGUGCAUUAAUUCAAUUAUUAGAAUUGGAGUUGAUUGCUCAAUUGAAUCACCAGGGGAUCGAAUGAACAUAAAUGAUGUGGUCAAAGAGUUACAUCUGAUCAAAGACAUUUAUCUUGGAGUUGGAACUCACCAAGGAAGAUGA